GUCUGAAGUGUUGCAAGGAUCGGACCAAAACGCAGCGUGAUUAGUGGCUACAACCCUCAGCUCUCUAGAUAAGACGUGUCCUGCUCCCUUGAAACAAACUCUUAUACACUAAAUGCAGAGGACAUUGAGAUACAAAACACAUGUCACAGAUGGAACAGGAGAUCUCUCUAGUCCAGAGUAAGAUGUCUGAUCUGGAGUCAGUACUGCAGCAGAAGGAUGUGGAGCUGAAAGCCUCGGAGACACAGAGGACCAUCCUGGAGCAAGACCUGGCUACCUACAUCACAGAGUGUAACAGUCUGAAGCUUAGUCUGGAGCAGGCCCGUAUGGAGGUUUCCCAGGAAGACGACAAGGCACUGCAGCUCCUCCACGGCAUCCGGGAGCAGAGCAACAAGCUGCAGGAGAUUAAAGAACAGGAGUAUCAUGCCCAGCUGGAGGAGAUGCGCGUGGCCAUCAGGCAGCUGGAGGAGGACCUGUCUGCGGCCCGUCGUCGUAGCGACCUGUAUGAGUCGGAGCUGAAGGAGUCCCGUCAGACCAGCGAAGAGCUGAAGAGGAAAGCAGCAGACUGUCAACAAAGGAUGCAGAAGGCCAAGGAGCAAGGAAAAACUGAUACAGAGGAGCUUCUGUCAAAGCUGGAGAAGACCAAUGCUGAACAGAAAGUGAAAAUUGAGGAUCUCCAAGAUAAGCUUUCCAAGGCAGUGAAGGCGAGUAGGGAGACCACAGAUCUCCUCUAUAGUAUCAGGGUGGCUAAGGAGCGCAUGGAACAUGAGCUGGAGAUGCUUCAGACCAAGGAGGACUCCAGUGACAGCCUCCGGAGACGCCUAAGAGAGACAGAGGAUGGCAGGAGGACCCUGGAGAGCCAAGUGAAGAGGCUGGAGAUAGUUGAGCGCAGGGAGAGUAAGCUGAAGGAGGACAUGCAGAGCAAGGCCCAGCAGGUCCAGCAGAUGACGGAUCAAAUCAUGGACCUGGAGGAGAGUCUGCGUGAGAGCCAGUCCACAGCCCAACGCGUGGAGACCCACCUGGAGCACAAGGAGAAGCUUUAUGAAGAGAAGAUCAAGGUUCUGGAGAACCAGAUGAAGGCAGGCAUGGCAGAUAAGGAGAUGCUGGAAUCCAGUCAGAGCAAGUAUGAGGAGGAGGUCCAGGAGAAGUGCAGCAUCAUCAGUGAGCAGAAGGCGACCAUAAACGCCAUGGACUCAAAGAUGGCCAGCCUGGAGCAGAGGAUUACUGAGCUAUCUGAGGCCAACAAACUGGCAGCCAACAGCAGCAUCUACACCCAGAAGAACAUGAAAGCCCAGGAGGAGAUGAUCUCGGAGCUGAGACAACAGAAGUUCUACCUGGAGUCUCAGGCUGGGAAACUAGAGGCCCAGAACGCCAAGCUGGAAGAGCACCUGGAGAAGAUGAGUCAGCAGGAGCAGAGCAACAAGAGCCGAGUGCUGGAGCUGGAGAACAGGCUGAGAGAGAUGGGCCUUGAGCAUGAGGAGCAGAAGCUGGAGAUCAAGCGUCAGGGGACGGAGCUGACUCUGUCGUUACAGGAGAGGGUUUCUCAGAUCAGUGGGCUACAAGCAGCACGCCAAUCCCUGGAAAGUCAGCUGCAGCAGGCCAAAUCAGAGCUCGAGGACACCACCGCUGAGGCUGAGGAGGAAAUCUGUGUUCUUAGAGCCCACCGAGACGAGAUCCAGCGCAAGUAUGAUGCCCUCAGAGACAGCUGUGCGGUGAUCACAGACCUGGAGGAGCAGCUGACCCAGCUGACCCAGGAGAACUCUGAGCUGAACCGUCAGAACUUCUACCUGUCCAAGCAGCUGGACGAGGCCACGGACGAGACAGAGGACCGCCUGCAUCUGGGUCAGGAUGUGGACCGCCUCCGCCACGAGGUGGCUGACCGCGAGAUGCACCUCAACAACCAAAAACAGAACAUUGAGACACUGAAGACCACGUGCACCAUGCUGGAGGAGCAGGUCCUGGAGCUGGAGACUCUGAAUGAUGAGCUGCUGGAGAAGGAGAGGCAAUGGGAUGCCUGGAGGGGAGCCCUGGAGGAAGAGAAGAACCAGGCUGAGAGGAGGACCAGGGAGAUCCAGAGACUGCUGGACAACGAGAAGCAGAACAGGCUACGUGCUGACCUGCGCAACUCGGAGGCUCGUCAGUCUAUUGAGCAGGCAGUGAAGGAGCACAAGGCUGAGAUUCUGGCCCUGCAGGAGGCCCUCAAGGACCAGAAACUCAAAGCAGAGAGCCUCUCUGACACACUGAAUGACCUGGAGAAGAAGCAUGCCAUGCUGGAGAUGAAUACAAGGAGUCUGCAGCAGAAGCUGGAGACUGAGAGGGAGCAGAAGCAGAGGCUGCUGGAUGACCAAGGAAACCUGCAGCAGCAGUUAGAUGUUCAGAAGAGCCACAUCUUCCGGCUAACCCAGGGGCUGCAGGAUGCUGUGGACCAGACUGACCUGCUGAAGACUGAGAGGACUGACCUGGAGUACCAGCUGGAGAACAUCCAGGCUGUGUACUCCCAUGAGAAAGUGAAGUUGGAGGGGACCAUCACCCAGCAAUCCAAACUCAUAGACUUCCUCCAGGCCAGGGUGGACCAGGGGGGCUCUAAGAAGAAAAAGGGUCUAUUUGGGCGGCGCAGAGAGGACCUGCUGGCUGCCAUGGCAGCCCAGGGCCAGUCCCAGGUGCCCCAGCAGGUAUCCCCUGCACCCUCCAUGAAGCCGGUGCCCCUGCAGUACAGUGACAUGAAAGUGUCCCUGGACAAGGAGCGCUCCCGCUGCUCUGAGCUGGAGGAUGCACUGCAGAAGAUGAGACUGGAGCUGCGCUCCCUACGAGAGGAGGCGGUCCAGUACAAACCUGUGGACCAUGGUGGUACCCCUGACACCCCUGCCACAACGCGGCAGCAGAAGAUGUCUGCCGUGGUGAAGUCUCCUGAGCACCAGCAGGGCCCGAGCAACCUGCUGGCUACCUCGAUCUCUGGCCGCAGGAAGGAGGCUGCCCCCCCAGAGGAGUACGGCCAUCGCAUGAAGGACAGUCAGAGAGACAGGGAAAGGGGGAGGCAGAGGGAGAGCGUUCACCACAACACCCCUCACCGCUUCACUGUGGGACUCAACAUGAGGGCUGCCAAGUGUACUGUGUGUCUGGAUACUGUGCACUUCGGUCGUCAGGCAGCCACCUGUAUCGAAUGUCACGCUUUGUGCCAUCCAAAAUGCUCCCGCUGUCUUCCUGCUGCGUGUGGCAUGCCUGGGGACUGUGCCUUGCAUAUGGCUGAGGGGCUGUGCCGGGACAAAGGCAGUUCCCCUGGCCUGCAGCUCAAAGAGGCCAGUGGACAUGUUCACCUGGAGGGGUGGAUGAAGCAGCCCAGGAAUGUGAAGCGUGGCCAGGGCUGGGAGAAGAAGUAUGUGGUGCUGGAUGGGACCAAGGUGACCAUCUACGAAACAGAGCCCAGAGAAGAGUCAGUGAAGCCGUUGGAGGAGUUUGAGCUAUGUCUGUCUGAUGUAGACUUGAUGGUGCAUGGUGCUGUAGGUGCGUCUGAGCUGCCCAACACCGCCAAGUCAGACGUGCAGUAUGUGCUAAAACUGGAGUCCCACCCCCACACCUCGUGCUGGCCCGGACAGACUCUGUACUUCAUGGCUCCCAGUUUCCCAGAUAAACAGCGCUGGGUGGCCGUGCUGGAGUCUGUGGUGGCAGGGGGGCGAGCAUCCCGGGAGAAGGCUGAGGCAGAUGCAAAACUGCUGGGGAACUCUCUGCUGAAGCUGGAGGGUGAUGACAGACUUGACAUCAACUGUACUCUCCCCCUCACAGACCAGAUAGUGUUAGUGGGCUCUGAGGAGGGUCUGUACGCCCUGAAUCUGAUCAAGAACUCCCUGACCCACAUCCCUGGCCUGGGCUCCGUCUUCCAGAUCCACAUCAUGAAAGAACAUGAAAAGCUGCUGAUGAUUGUUGGGGAUGAGAGGGCGCUGUGUCUGGUGGAGAUUAAAAAGGUGAAGCAGUCUCUGGCCCAGUCCCACCUGCCUGCCCAGUCUGAACUGGAACCAUUUAUCUUUGAGACGGUCAAGGGAUGCCACCUCUUCUCUGCAGGCAGAAUAGAUAAUGGGCCUUGUAUCUGUGCUGCAAUGCCGAACAAGAUUACAAUUCUGCGUUACAAUGAUAACCUCAACAAGUUCUGCAUUCGCAAGGAGAUAGAGACUCUGGAGCCCUGCAGCUGCCUCCACCUGACCAGCUACAGCAUCAUCAUCGGCACCAACAAGUUCUAUGAGGUUGAGAUGAAGCAGUAUGUUCUGGAGGAGUUCCUGGAUAAGAAGGAUGUGUCUCUGGCCUCGGCGGUGUUUGCUUCCUCCUGCCACAGCUUCCCCAUCUCCAUAAUGCAGGUCACCAGCACUCUGCAGAAGGAGGAGUACCUGCUCUGCUUCCAUGAGUUUGGAGUGUUUGUGGACGCAUAUGGACGAAGGAGCCGCACUGAAGAGAUCAAAUGGAGUCGUCUGCCCCUGGCCUUCGCUUACAGAGAGCCCUACCUGUUUGUGACAUAUUUUAACUCUUUGGAUGUGAUCGAGGUCCAGGGACAUGCUGCUCUUGGCCCUCCAGUGCUAGCCCACCUGGACAUCCCUAACCCCCGUUACCUGGGUCCAGCCAUCUCUUCUGGGGCCAUCUACCUGGCCUCCUCCUACCAGAACAAGCUGCGGGUCAUCUGCUGCAAGGGCAACCUGGUCAGGGAGUCUGGGGAGUUGCAGAGGACCGGCUCUAGCCGCGGCAGCCCCAGUAAGAGAGGACCACCUACAUACACAGAGCACAUCUCCAAGCGUCUGGCCUCGGGCCCUAGCAGCCAUGAGGGGCUUCACCGUGAGCCCAGCACACCACACCGCUUCCGGGAGGGCCGAACUGAGUUCCGGCGGGACAAGUCCCCGGCGCGCCCCCUGGACAGAGAGAAGUCCCCAGGCCCCAGACUGGACAGCCGCAGAGAGAGGUCCCCUGGGAGGUUUGACGACCGCCAACGUCUCCACUCUGGCUCUGACCGCCGCACACAGCUCACCCCUGUCAACAAGGUGUGGGACCAGUCAUCUGUGUGAGUAACACAAGGAGAGGUUUAGGAGAGAGGAGCUGUGUGAUCCUCUGUCCACAUGGCUACACCAUCUAAGGGUGACAAACCAGAAAACCCAUCGCCUGUAUAUAGUGCAAUCUGGAUUCAUAUGCCAACACACUAUUGCACUGGGGAAAUGUCCUUUGACAAUCUUGUCUUUUCUUAUAUGUGUAUUCAUUGCUAUGGUCCUAUGGCAGAUAGUUGUUCAACAGAGCAGCAUUAGCAGGGAACCCCUGUGGAUCUAAUGGGUCGAGGAUAUGAACCUUUAUAAGUACUAAAAUCAAAGUUGUAAAUAUUGUUCCAGUUUUUAUAGCAAAAGGGAAUAGUAGGCUGGUACAGCCAAGUCUAUAUUUUUUAAGGACGUAUUUCUAAUGAUGUUGCAGGGAGAGAAAUCUCAUCUCAAAAUCUCAUCAUCAUCCCAGAUGCAAUACUGUAAUUUUUGCUUUUCUCUGGACGGUCAAUCAUGCCAACAUUUAAUCACCCAUGUACUGUACAAAUAAUAUGGGUUCCGAGAAGGCAAUACUCAUGAGCUUUUCACUUUGUACUUGAGAUUAAGGGCUCUAGUCAAUCUGCAUCGCAGAAAUUCAGCUUUACAGCGUGAUUGAAAUUUAUAAGCAAUGUUAGUGGUUUAGCGGAGACUGCAUUCACGGUAAACACUGCAUGUCGGCUCAAUCUGAAAUGACCUUUACAUUUCUAUCAUGGAAUCUAUAACACUUCAGCUUUAAAGACUGAAUAGAGCCCUAACUGUGCAGGAUUCCAAAUUCAUUGUUUCUACAUGACCAGUCUUCUUUUUGAUUAAAUGGACUUUGAUAUCUAAUCGCAUAUGAUUGUUUAAUAACAGUUAGUCUUACCAUACUAAUGGACAAAAUAAAUGUUAAGUAUAUUUAAUACAAGGAACACUUGUAGCCUAAGAAGAAUAAGACGCCUAUAAACUUAGUCUUUGAUUUGAACCAGCAGGCAGUGGAGCUGCUUAUUAUGGUACAGAUGUCCUGUUCUUACUUCUGUGCAGUGAACUAACUAUGAAGUCCAGUAAUCGUCAGGGUUCGUCACUAUUAAUCGCUUCUUUUUCAAUUGAUAAAAUAUGAUAUUUGUCACAUCAGAAGAGCAUGAGUCAUUUAGAGCAGCAGUUGCUUUUUUUACCUUGAUUUUUGCUUUGUGUUUCUGUCAUGUAGUCACAUGAAUUUGUAUUCAAUAAGUAUACAUUGUUGCAAGACAACUAAAAGGUUUUUGUACAUACAUUAAAGAUGAUUGACCUACCCUGGCAAUGUGUCAAGAUAUGUACCAUACAUCUUACAUAUUUUCAUUUUGCAUGAGAAACUAUUCCGGCUAGCAAAUAACACAUGGAAAUAGCCCACUUUAUUUUCCUUUAUUUCUACAUCAAUGUAAUGCUCUUUAAAGUAAAUUCAACAAAACAAAAAUAAACAUACUAAACAAAAAGAGCACUUGUUGUUACAAGAAACUGCUAUGUCCUGUUACAGGAAACGGCUACAAAGUCCUCUGCGACCGACGAUACAUGAGAAGGAUGAAAGUGCUUGUUAAAGAUAACUGUAAAGGAGGAAAACAAAUCAAAAGCACAUUAGUUAUCCCUUUAUUACACAGGAGGUUGGUGGCAACUUAAUUGGGGAGGACGGGCUCAUGGUAAUAGCUGGAGCGGGAAUAGUAUCAAAUAGAUUAAACACAUGGUUUCCAUGUAUUUGAUGCCAUUCCAUUUGCGCUGGUCGGGCCAUUAUUAUGAGCCGUCUCUCAGCAGACUCCACUGCUUUGUUAAAGACCUGUAUAAGAACUGCUUGGCACCAGUUUCCCUCUGACACACACGCUCAGAAACACUUGCAUUUACACCGGAUUCCUGGGCCAUUGCAGGGAUGCCUCCUAUGGGGAACUACGUGGUGGACAGCUUCUUAAAUCACACGAGGGAAGAGAAAUGAAAGCCCAAGAAUAUCAAAAUAACUCAAACCCAACUGGACAAAGUGUAGGGGCUCCUCCAGACAGACAAAGUGUAGGGGCUCCUCCAGACAGACAAAGUGUAGGGGCUCCUCCAGACAGACAAUGUGUAGGGGCUCCUCCAGACAGAAAGUGUAGGGGCUCCUCCAGACAGACAAUGUAAAUCCUCCACAUACUCAUCAUAUCCAGCUAUGUCCCACAACAGCACCAAAAGAAAAACAGGCUCAUCCCUCAUGGGAGUCCUUCUGUGGGUGACAUAAUACUGACUCAUUUUCAGCUUUAUUGUUUGAUGUAUUUCUGUAGCAGUGUCUACUUUAACUGAAAUGCUAUGCAAAACAACGAAUGGUGAAACUGCCCUACAAGCCUCUAGCCUCGCCAUGCCAGAGUGCAACAGGGACACUAAUGGAAGCCAGAAGGAAAUGAGUGUCUAAAGGAGCAUUACUCUGAACCUAAUUUAGCCCUCAAUGUCAAACCUCAGUUUGGGAAAGUAUGACCAGAAAGACCCACAUGGCUUUGAGAUCUGAAGCUAUGGACUACUUAGUCCAGCCAUUGAAAUGUACACAGUAUAAGCUAUUCAGGGGGUCAUUGAAAGAGAUCAACAGUCAAGAGUUUGGUCUAAGCCCUCAGAUGGUUUACAAGAUGGCUGUCCAAACUAUACAUGGCUCUUUCACACAGUCUGCUGAUCAGGUAGAGAGUUGUGAAUAAUAACAAUUGCUGAAAUCCCGUGAUUCAUUUGUGUCCUGCUAGUACGACAAGUGGCAUUAUUAAUGAUUGGCAGUCUUGAAGGAUAUCAUUUUGGACAUCGUAUAGGGUUGUAUUUGUACAUUUAAUGCUCGUAAAACCCAAAAAUCAUUAAUAACAAAAAGGCCAAUAUUGAUGGCGAACAACUGAAAAGCAAAUAUCAACUACUACAAGCACAGUGAGAAUAUCUGUGUGCAUGUACGAGUGUGUGGAGCUCCUGUCUGUAUGGUAGAGGUAGUGUGUACAUGUACUGUAUAUGAGUGGGGUAUGCGUGACCGUAUGUGAGUGGGAGGUGGGGGUAUAGUAUUAGGUUGUUGUUUCGGACCACCAUUCUGUCAGUGCAUGGGAAUCUCACCGAUUUGGGCCAUCUUUUCUCACGGCCCUUCAGAUCCACUACUGAUAAACACGGAUUAUCCUGUGGCAAUGUAAUUGUCUAAAUUUGAGACAGCAAUUCAAGAAUACAACAUCAAUAAAUAAUGAAAACAGGUACUGAUCGCAAUCAAAUGGAAAACCACUGCAGCAUCAAAACAGGAACAUGCCCCCUUAAAAAAAUAAAGAUUCCCGUUUCCAACAGGUUGAAAUUAUAGUUUUUUCCAGCAAUCAGCAAAAAGAUAGAAAUGAAAAGGUUUAUGGUGACUAAUUUGGUAAGCCACUAUAAAAGGAUUCUUCUAUACAUCGUUUCUUAAACGCUAUAUACUUAUCUGAAUAUAUUAUUUAUGUUGCAAAAAUGUAUCUGAGAGGAGUUUAUUGAAGAGAGAUGAAAUAAGUGACUUCUCAAUUCAGCAGGAGAAAACCGAGCUAACCAGCUAAGAGAACAACACUGGAUGUUCCACAGAGACAAGGUACUAUACAUUUCAUCCCCUUGUACUAUCCAGCACUUCCUCGGUUUAUAUAGGACAUGACGCAAUGGUGGUUGAGGAUGUUCAAAGGGAAAGAUUGUGAUGCGUGUAUGACUCAACUUCAUAUUUUAGGGCUGUUUCAUUAUGCUCAACUAAUAGCAAGGAAGUUAGUUACUAAAUAAGCAGUCAGUGUUGGGUAAUAAAUUCACCCAUCCUGCAGAUGAGGACACAUUGGUAAAUGAGUUCCUGUCAUCACAGGAGGACACUGAGACAGUAACAUGACUAAAGCACAUCCUUUAGUGACCCCAUGACAACCAUUACACCACUUCCUAUUAAACCCUGGUUGUGAUGGAUUGAACGUGAUGUCAUGUCCAAGUGCCUGCUGGGUAAAUUGGGGGGGGGGUCAUCCUAAUUUGAAGUGAUGGGUAAAUGAAUGCAUUUCCACAGCCUCUCCUCAAGUUUAUUUAGGUCUCUGAAAACAAGUGACAAUGCCAAAUUAAAUUUAUGCCGUGUUCAAAACAA